GUCCUUCGAGAGCUGGGCUGAGCGCAGCAUGAGGCCUCUGUCCUCCCUGAAUCCUGUUCUUCUUUGCUGAGCGCCGGGAAGCUGAGGCGUUGGCAGCUCGAGCAAGGCUUUCUUUGAUGGUGCUCCCGGCUCGAGCCACCGCUGGAAGUUGAAAGUAUAGCUUGCUCUUUUUCAUAGCUAGAACGCACGCCACUUUUUGGCAGAUACAGGAGCAUCUGAUGAGAUGCUGAGGCUUAAAUCUGGCAGCACUCGAGCUUCUCGAGUUGAGCCAAGGAUCAAAGGCUUGCAGCCAACUGAAAUAGAGAAAUAACGCACUGCGGUUGCUUGCCGUUUGACCGGAAGCCCUUACUUUCCAAACCUCUUUCUAAGCCCUACUCUGUCAGCAAUGGCAAGACCAUCCCUCGAUGACAUUACACCCGAGCUCGAGCGCGUGUGGAGCACCGACCCCUCAUCCCCUGAUGUCUCCAUCCACUCUUACGCACAUAGUCCCGUCCAUGCUGCAGUCCUGUCCAAAGACCAUGCAGCACUUAACGCAAUUUUGAGAAUUCUCCCCAAACCAGCUUUGGAGGGGAGUGUCCUAACUGAAGAGCAGUCUAUCAAAGCUGAGGAAGAUGCCGAGGCUGCCUCUGCAAUGAUUGACAGGCGGGACGUGCCGGGGAAGGAGUCAGCACUGCACAUGGCGGUACGCGUGAAAGACCCUGUGGCGUUGGAGCUGUUGAUGCUGGCGGGGGCUGACAUCAGCUUGCAAAACGUUGGGGGGUGGACUGCCCUGCAGGAAGCAGUGUGUGCGGGGGAGCCGGCGCUGGCAGCUAUCAUCAUGCGAGAGUAUCAAAGCUUGGCUUGGGCCAAAUGGCUGCGGCGGUUGCCCCGUCUGGUCGCGACCAUGAAGCGCAUGCGCGACUUCUACAUGGAGCUCACCUGGAACUUUGAGAGCUCCGUUAUCCCCUUCAUCGGCAAGAUUGCCCCCUCAGAUACUUAUAGGAUCUGGAAGCGCGGCGCGUCCCUGCGCGCCGACAUGACCCUCGAGGGGUUCGACGGCUUCCGCAUCAAGCGCGCGGACCAAAGCAUCCUCUUCCUUGGCGAAGGCACCCCCGACGGGCGCGUAAAGCCUGGGGGCGUGAUCGUGCUCAUGCACAAAGAAAAGGAGAUAGCGGACGCCCUCGAGGGCGCGGGGGGAUCCCUGAGCGAUGCUGACCUGGCUGCUGACGUGGCGGACCUGUUCAAGACGAACGUGCACCGGGCGGGGCUUGACGUGACGAAAGCGACGCUGGUGCCGGUGAAGACGUGGCGGCGGCACGAGAAGGAGGAGGCGGUCGGGCCGUGGCAGAGCAAGGUGAUCGACAUGCACCACGUGAUGGUCACCUUCCGCUCGCGCAAGGUCCCCGGGGCCAUGUCCGACGAAGAGCUGUUCAACCUGCGUCCCGAGGACGAGGACGCGGGUUCCGCACGCAGCGAUGACGACUAUGCUGACGUCCUCACGGAGGAGGAGCGUAAGCAGCUCAAAGAAGCCAUGGAAAACGCGCCUUCGAUCGACCUGGAUUCUGAAGCCGGUGUCAACGAGGCAGGGGAAGACGGAAGCGAGCGGUCGUUGACACCCAAAGAGUCGGCGGCAGAAAUCGGGGCCGGAGCGGAAAAGGGACUGCGGAACGGCGGAGAGGGGGCCGGAAGUUUGACACCAGAAAGGGGAAGGAGUAAAGAAGGAGCCCCGCUGCUAGGAUCGGCGUCAACGUCUGAAAGCGAGGGGCUCGUGCCAAGCGAGAAGCCCGCGCGGAAGAGUUGGUUUGGGUGGGGCAGAAAACAGCACGCAUCGUCCGAGUCCCCGUCCGAAAACGUGACCGAUGCGGACGGUUCCAGUCGGAGCGGCGCCGAUUCGAUCCAGUCCCCCAUGCAUUCGAAACGGGGCAGCAAGCACCAGGGGGGCGAGGAGCGAAAGGAGGAAACCGGGUCAGAAAUGGAGUUUAGCAAGGGGUUAAAGCCGACGCUUUGGCUGACGGACGGGUUUCCGUUGCGAGUGGAAGAGUUACUGCCCCUGCUGGACCUGCUGUCGCCCCGGGUGAAGGCGGUGCGCCGGUUGAGGGAGCUGCUGACUGUGAAAAUGCCCCGGGGGACUUUCCCGGUCAAGGUCGCGAUACCCAUUAUCCCUACGAUCCGAGUCGUCGUCACCGUUUCCAAGUUCCGGGAGGUUGCCCGGUUGGCUCCCCCGGGCACUGAGGAACUAGAGGAGGAUGAGUUUGAGGACGCGCAGUCGGAGAUGCCCAAGCGGGGCUGGAUGGAGUGGGUCCGGGGAGCCCCAGGAGAGAACGAGAGCGGAGAACGGACCUCGGGGGAUGGCGCGGGCGGACCGGGGGCAGCGGACGCCUUCGCAAUCCCGGCAGACUACGCUUGGGUGAGCAGCGAGGAGAAGAGGAGGCGGGACCGAGAAAAGAAGCAGCAGAAGAGGUUGAAAAAAGGGAAGGGCAAGGUAGGCAGUAGCGAGCAGAACCAAAAGGGCUAGGGCGUUGCCAGCGUAGAUUGUGUUAGCAAGUCCAUCACCUGGCUGUGGCUUAGUUCAACGUCUGUCAAUACAUGCUAGCAUAAGCCCGCUUAGGGAGUUCAGUCAGGUUUCAAAGCUCAGAAAUUGCAGAAAAUCGAGCCGCAAUCGAGCCAGCGCAAGAGGGCAGAGCAUGUAUAGAACGAUGCGUCAGCCGAAGGUGACCGUUCAUGGACCGUCAAUUUCUUCAAUCGAGCUCACUCAGUGCAAUUGAUCCUGAAGUUGGACAUUGUAUUAAAUUUUCGUGAUCCAGAUGUUGUAUCACCGUUAUAGC